AUGAGAGGUUUUGAGAACAACGACAGAAGACAUGAAGGAAGGGAAGUUUCCGAUGGAUUGUUAGAGCAUAAUGGUGGAGAAGCUCUUAAUGGGGGUAGAGAGGCGAUGGGGCACAUGGCCAGCCAAAUACCGUACAAUGAGUUUGAAACCUUUGUUGAGGAUUAUUUUCCAGAGGUGGAUGAGGAGAGGUUUAUCAAGGCUACUUCAAAAACAAUAAUCGACGAGGAGUGGCUCGAAGAUAUAGUUGAACAUGAAAAGGAGUACACUAGGGAGUCUAUAAUCAGAGGGCUUGUGGGAUGCCUUAUAGACGACGGAGAUGUUCUUGGAGGAUGCUUGGAGGAUUCUGAUGAGGACGGAGAUGUAGAGUUUAAUGCAGAGGAUUAUCUUGAAGUGGAAGAGGCCUUGAGGUCCUUUUCUUCUAGGAAUGUAGAGGAUCUCAUUAGGCUAUAUAGAAAGCAGGUUACUAUCAACAACAAGAGAAAAGAAGUUCUUGCAAGGAAGCUAAGGGAGAGGCUAGCUUAUCAAGGAUACUGGAUGGUGAUGAGAGCUAUUGAUUCUGACAUGGAAGGCUUACUUACCAAGAAGAAAGGAAAAAAGAAGAAGAAAGAAGGUGGAGAAGAAAAGAUGAAGGAGAUCCUGGAAAGGCGCAGUGAGUUUAUAGAGUUGUUCAAAGAUAUUUCGAUGUUAGAAGAUGAUUACAAGGAUUAUGAAGACCUAUUUGACCCCAAAGAGAACGUGGAUGCUCAUGAAUAUGGGAUAAUACCAUAUGAUUACCUUUCAUAA